CUCUCUCUCUCUCUUGGCUUUAUAUUUACUGAGCCUGAUUCGUAUGACGCAUAGGUUUUACCAUGCAGUACUCCCUCGUUUCCCCCUCUCACUUCAUAGCUACAUUUAAAAAAUAUUUUAUCUAUUUAUUUCUGCCAGUCGGAAUUUCAGUUAUUUCGGCCACCUAAAACUAAGUUAGCGCCUUAAACUUCAGUCGGAAAAUGUGUAACAGUACCACGCGCCUCUGAAGGAAUUUAAUCAGGUUGAUAGUAGUUGUAGUUUUUCACCCUAACCUCUUCUACACCUCCCUCCCCCCCCCAAAAAACCCACCCAAAAUUUGCAGUCUAAUGAUAAUUUUGGCCAUUGCUUUUAACCACAGGAACUGGUGUUGUCAUUAGUUUCAACUGUACUGAGUGGUGAAAGUGGCAAGCUAUUAUCGGUCUUGCGUCACGAUGAGAUAAAAAAAAGAAAAAAAAAAGGAAAAAAGAUAAAUCUCCACCCAUAAUGCAUCUAUUGUAAUGCUAUAGAUUUGAGAAGCACAGGACGGAUCGAGGUACUGGUGUUGCAGACAUGAUUUUAUUGGUUGUAGUCGCUAAAGAAAAAAUCUAUAGGAUAUCAGCUUACAUUUUCAUGACUGUUGUUUCAAGGUUUUCUUUUUGGGGGUUUAUUUUUCGGGUACAGUCUGGUUUUAACACUUGGCCUCUUUGGCUGACUGACUGGCUAGCUUAGAAAAGUACAUGGCUGUUAAAAAAGGUGGGGAUGAGGGGGCUCUGAAGUUUAUGUUUGGCAUAUAUGGAUUGAAAAAAAAUAUAUGUUUAUAUGUUAUUUGUGCAUGCUGUUGAAUCAAAUCCGUCAGCCGUGGUUCCAUUUACCUUACUUGAACCCCCAGCAGGAGCCAUCUGGCUAUACAUACAAAACAACACCACCCCCCUCUUCUCUCUCUUCUCCUUGUGUACAUGGGUGCAGUGUGUGGCUACCCGGCAUGUAGCUUGUGGUGGUUUUCUUCAUUUCCUGUCACUUUUCCUCCCCCAGUACACACGCUUUCUCUCUGUCGCUGUAAUUAUUAUUGUCUAGUCCACUGGUGAGUCAAUUGCUUGUUUCUUAAGAAGACAAAAUGCUUUUUUCUUCUUUUAAAAAAUCUUAGAUACAUUUUAUCUUACUUUUAUGGUAACAUGGCAACAAGUUAAGCAAUGCAGCCUACUUCAUAUUAAGCUUCCAUGUCCUCAACAGGUGACACUCAGGUGGGGUUAUUAGGUGAAUGAACCCUUUCAAACUGCAGUGUAACUUUAUGUUUUAACACCCAUCUGUUUCUGUGUAUAUAUAAAUAUAUAACCUGUGGAUAUAAGAAGGUGUGAAGGUGCAUUGCACAAAUUUUAAGCUGCCCUUUUAAAUCAUUAUGCAUCCAUAGGUGUACCUGGUUGCCCUAAGACAACACAGAGACAGAUUUUUAUGAGGGCAGUUCAUCAUACCCUCCCUUCAUUACGAGGAAAUCGGUUCACAGUAAUGUUAGCUCACGCUGACAAGUUUUUAUGUCCAGCCUUUAAGAUAACAUACAUGGAAAAUGGGAGCCUUCCCCCCCCCCGUUCUCUAUUUCUCUGUGAACGGAGGCCCUCCGACACCAGUGGUCUUUGAUUUGGGCAUCUGCCAAAGGGUUCUGAUGGCUCUCAACAGCUGUAUUUGUCUGUGUGUAUGUGUGCAUGCGUGUGUGUGUGUGUGUGUGAGAGAGAGAGAGAGUGUAUGUAUUUGUGUGUGUCAGUGAGUGGGUUAGUGUAUGUAUGUGUGUGCCUCUGUGUGUGCUCUAGCUGUGUCCCGGGAUGCCCUUCCUCCAUAGGCCUCUCUCUAUACAGCAUUCCACAAGGGGGCCGGGGGCUGUGCGGGUAGGGAGUGUCAAGGAGACAGCGAGAGAGAUUCAAUAAAUAAAACUGAUGUGGACACGCUGGCACAGAAAAGGCCGAAGGAGAGGGGAAACGGUGAGAUUGUUUCCUCAUCGCUUGUCAGACCUUUAAAUUAAAAGGUCCUCUGCAGCAAAGUAGACAUUCCCAGUAAAUUCUUCUGUAGAUUUGCAAGAGAUUUGGGGGUGGCGUUAACUUCAUCACUUGAUCAGUGUGUAAAGCAGUCGUAGAAAGCCACCUGGAGGUGAUUUCCCCUGUUAUUUCUUACACAGCAAAUAUUUAAGUAGGGUUAAUCCCAAAUGUAAUUUACAGUAGCACGCUAGUUAUCAAACUCUGCAGCUGCUGGCUUUAAAGAUCAUCUUAACUGCAGAUUUGUACCCUGGCUUUAUUAAAGAAAAACUAAACAAGGGCACUGUCGACUACAUGAAAAAUCAGCAACCAUCUCUAGUGCGGCUUCAUUUACUGUGUGCGUGUGCGUGUGUUCACCCUCAUGCUUGGCGCACUUUCCUCUGUAUAUGCGUGUAAACUUGUGUGGGGAGUGUGUUUAUGUGUCUAUGAUUUUCCUUUCCUGAGACAAGCAUGAGUCAUUGCUGAUGGUAUGCGAUACCAACAGUCAUACAUUGUAUUCUCAUAGGUUACUUCUGUGCUUUCUUGGUAACACACAUGCUACUUGUUCGAGUUAAACCCUGAUGGACGAAAAAAACCUGCUCCUACUGGUAUGUUCAGGCAUGUAGGCUGCUGUUCAUGGAACUGAGGUUUAAACAGUUAAGAGUAACUGUGAAGACAUGGCAUUUCUAGUAAGCGUUCAGGAAUUCUGGGAAAGAUACGCAUCGGGUGGUCACAUAUACAUUUUUCCUUUAGCUGAAUUUAUCUACAUACACCAGCACAUGGUGACAUGAAUUAAAUCUGGAGAUGCCUCUCCCGGCGGCAGAGUCUGCAGUGAAUAUCUGAAGCCCCAUCUUCCUUCCACUCUGUGGCCAUCAUGUCCCAGCUGCUCCAUGUGGAGAUCCCAAACUUUGGAGCUACGGUUCUGGGUUCCCUUAAUGAGCAGCGCUUGCUGGGACACUACUGUGAUGUAUCCAUACUGGUUAAAGGCCAGGCUUUCAAAGCCCACCGGGCUGUUUUGGCCGCCAGCAGCCUCUACUUUCGUGACCUCUUCAGCAGCUCCACCAAGACCCAGUUUGAGUUGCCUUCCUCAGUCACACCUGCUUGCUUUGAGCAGAUCCUCACUUUCUGCUACACAGGGAAGCUAACAAUGGCAGCUAGUGAGCAGCUGGUGGUCAUGUACACAGCUGGCUACCUCCAAAUUCAGCAUAUAGUUGAAAAAGGCAUGGACCUAAUGUUUAAGGCAAACUCACCUCACUGUGACUCGCAGACAAUGGGGUCCUUAGAAGAAACGGUAUCUGAGCCACAGAGUCCUUGUAAUAAUGGCAACGGCCUGGCAGUGGCUGCCCUUCUAGGGACCCCGGGAUGGUCUUCGACUCUGCUCAUACCGCAGCGUAAGAUUAAAAUUGAAGGAGGUGAGCCCUUGCCCCUGACUGUACCUUCAACGCCAAGUAAGACUUCGCCUUCAGAGCUUGGGAGUAGACUGGGGAGGGCCGGGCCGCUGUUCUACACAACAGCUGGAGGGACCCCUAUCCCUGGUAUGCCCGCUUUCAGCCUCCAGGGGACUAGUGGCAGUGGAGCUGGAGGAGGAGGAGCAGCCGGCGGUGACAGGUCCAGCCCCGGAGCUUCCAGUCUGCCCACAACCGACAGUCCCACGUCCUACCAGAACGAGGAUGAGGAGUUUGAGGAGGAGCCCUACGAUGGGAUCACAGAGGAGACCUACAGUCAUCUUUAUGGACGUUCAGCCAAUCCCUACGGGAUCCAAGACAAGCCGGAGAUGGCGUCGAUGCCCUUGUCCUUGGAGAACCGCAACUGCGUGCUGAUCCGCAGGGACCUUGUGGCGCUGCCUGCAAGCCUCAUAAGCCAGAUAGGCUACCGCUGCCAUCCUAAGCUCUAUACUGAGGGGGACCCUGGAGAGAAGCUGGAGCUGGUGGCGGGUACACAAGUGUUCAUGACUCGAGGCCAGCUGAUGAAUUGUCAUCUAUGUGCCGGCAUCAAACACAAAGUCUUGCUCCGCCGUCUCUUAGCCACAUUCUUUGACAGAAACACUUUAGCCAAUAGCUGUGGGACGGGCAUUCGCUCUUCUACUAGUGAUCCCAGCAGGAAACCCCUGGACAGCAGGGUCCUCAACGCUGUCAAACUCUACUGUCAAAAUUUCAACCCUAACUUCAAGGAGAGUGAAAUGAAUGUGAUUGCUGCUGACAUGUGCACAAACGCGAGGCGGGUCCGCAAGCGAUGGUUGCCCAAGAUUAAGUCCAUGCUGCCCGAUGGCAUGGAUGUGUACCGUGCAGGAAUGGGCAUGAGCGCUGCUAUAGGUCUGGGUCUGACGCUGGGUGCCCCUCAGUCAGGGUUACCCCUCACUUUUGAGGCCGACUUCAAGACCUUAGAGCAAAGGUUGUAUCCUGAUCGUAAGGACCCUCUCAGGACUCACCCACCCCUGACAGAAGGCAGCCCCGGGUCUGGGGCGGCUGGAGCAGAAGCUGAAGAUGAAGGCGAAGGAGCAGUCCAAGAGGAACAGGAGGAAGACGAGGAUGAAGCUAGGUUAGAGGGUGUAAACAGAUCACUGGGGGCGAUCCCAGGAGCCGAGGCAGGCAACUGUGGCGACACGCCGGCUGAGCAGGAAGCAGAAAAUUUUGGACACGGUGCGAGGGUGAACGGACAGUGAAUGUCCUUUUUAGGCUGUCUCUUACAUUGUGAGAGACAGCCUCUUCUCUUUGCUUGCUCUUUUACAACAGCUCGUCCGCCACUCUUCCUCCUCUGUGCUUCCUCAACGGGAAUUUCGCUCAGCACAAGAAGCCGCACUCACUGAUCUUACUAUACAGGAAUCUGUCGCACAUGCAUGCGCACACGUGUGCUUGCGUGCUCACAUAAUUGCCGCUAGUGGAAGCAGAACACUGUUCUUAGAAGUAGACACAGGCAUGGCAUUAGCACUUUGAGAAAGUCGACUCUUUCUGCUCCGCCCGUUUCUUGGUACACUCAGUAUGUACUCAGUGUUUUGGCAUCCGCAGCAUUAUUACAAAGGCCUGGUAGCAGAACAAAUGGCUGUAAUGAUUCAUCAUUCAAGUGCAAUACAAAAGCAACAGCUGCUUUGCCGGUGUGGUACACCGAUUUGUAAAAUGAUUCCAUUUUCUUGGAAAGCUGCAUCAGAAACUAACCCGUGUAACCUUGGGGAAAACAGAUCUGGAAUGAGCAAUGUUGACCGCUUUAUGUUACUUUACUGUAUUUUGAACGUGUAUGAAUGUAUAACAACAACAGUUUUGCAAUUUAAGGCCAUGUACUGUGGUAGCUCCAUUAAACAAAACGGUUUUCUCCCUAUUAAAUAGGCCCAUCAUUUAGAUGAUCAAAUUUUUUUAAGCAGUCAUGUCUAUAGUCCACAGUCUAAAAACAACUCUAUCACAUGGAGUUGUUUAUUCGGGCAUAUUUGCCCAUGACAUGUUGAAUUAGGUUGUCAAUGUGAUGCCUGUGUCUGCUCCAGACCACUCCUCCCCAACCACACAUGCAUACAGAUAAGACAUAUUUCCUAACCCGUGGAUAAUAGCCUUGAAUAUCUGCGCCAAUGUAUUCAGAAUACAUGGUCUAUAAAAACAGUGCUUUUUAACUCUGGGUAAAAAUCAUUCUCUUGUGGAGAUACAGAGAGAGACUUGAACAUGAACAUGCACUAAAAAAAAAGAGAGAGAGAGAGAAAGAAAAAAUCCGAGCUUGCAUGCAUUCAUACAAACAGUGGAUACAAAGAAUUCUCGGAAAAAAAAACACCAACAAAGCCACAAACCUGCAUUGAAAUAAGAUAACAGCUGCCGUUGCCUCGAGAUACGCUGUUAAUGCUCAAAGAGGACUCUCUCCGUUUCCCGCUGGACCUGACCGCAGUCUGACGCAUGUUAGAACUGAUCCGGCUGUGACCCAGGAUUUACACAGUAACUGUUGGAAUUUCUUGUUGUUGUUGUUUUAUUUGUUUUUUUGUUUGUUUGUUUGUUUUAAACUAAAGAGUGUGCUGUGCCCAUGAGCAGAGGAGACUGGAUAUAUGGAGUAGUAAAGAAGUGCACUACACUGGGCAGUAGAAGAACGAAUGUUAGAGAGAAGCACUGUUCCACCUCGGUGAUGUUGUGGUGGUGGUGUGAUAUGCACCGAUACUACGCAGUCCUGCUUCCUACCUGGCUGUUUGUUUGUUUGUUUUAUUGUUUGUUCUUUUUUUUCUUUGGGAGGGUGGGUAAAUUAUUGAAUCAAACUUAUACGAGCAAUUUAUGCUGGCUUAUUGCAUUUGCACUCAAAAGAAGGUAAAGAGCCGAGACGCUGAGGGAGGUAACGUGGACCUUUUUAAUUGAGAGGCUGUAACGACAACACCUGAAACGAGUCUCUCUGACAAUGACUGUUUCUACGUUUUGGAAGGGGGGUGGGGGGAGCAAAGCAAUGUCCAACAGGGACUUUAAACCUGCAUUCGUCAUACCUGAUUUCUUCUUUUGAUAUCUGUUUUUUGCCACACAGCCUUUCUUCAUUGUGCAAUGCAUAGAUCUUCCCUGUAUCUUUUUUUUCCCCCCUAUCAGCAAACGAAAGCACAGAAAAGACCGUUCAUUUAAGUAAAAGAGAAGCCACCAACAUUUGGGGGAAAGUGGGUUGUGAUAGGUUAAUUUAAGAACUGCCGGGCUUAGUACUAAUACUAUUCUCAAAAUAUAUGCUAUGCCACUUCAUGAGCGGGGCCAGAGUAGUCUCUGUUUCUGCUCUUGUUUCAGCGUCUGUUAGGGGAAGUUUUAAGAUGGCCCUGCACAAGAAACACAGGGUUACGAUUGCACUAGGUAGUAACAAAAAGGUUCAUAGCGCGUUUAUUUUCUUUGGGAAUAAGUGCGAUCUGCCGUAGAUAAAACAAGACUGUGUCACGAUGGCUGGGAUGAUGGAUGAAUGUAAUCUGUAGCACUGCUGUGGUGAGGGUCCAAGCUUUGAUUUGAGUAUAGUAAAUUCUUCAAAAUAUGCCAUAAUAUAAAAUUAAUACCGACUGUGAGGCUGGGUGGUGUUUAAACCUAAAGCUUUAUUGAUAUAGUGAUUUUUUUUAUUUUUUAUUUUUUUUUAUGUUUUUCAAACUGCGAACAGGUCUUCCAGUGUAGUGAACAUCGUUAUGUGCAAAACUGAGCAAGGUUCACAUGCAGUGCAGGCUUUUUUUCCCUCUGUUUGAUGUUUUUUUUAACACAGAGAUUUUGCAAAUUGUACCUUCAUAUCAUAUGUUUAUUAUUUUUACAGGUUUUUCUCGCAGUAAAAAACAAACAAUAUUCAGUUGUCUAUUUGAGCCACUUAAAUGUCUGAUCACUUCUGAUCAGAGUCAGAGUAACAGACUUGAGAAAUGAAUAUGUGUAGCCUUUAUUUUGGAAAAUAUAGAAAGUAGCUGUUAUAGCUUCAGAAAAAAAAAGAGAGAGAGAAACCUUUCUACUCAGUUAGUAAACUGGGCAAUGAGUGUGAUAUUCUUUGUAUUUAAUAUUUCUCUCUGUGUGUUUUUGUGUAAAAUAAAUCUUUGAUCCUUUUGAAUAGGAGGACUUUCGCAGAGAUACUAAAUACAUGGGGAAUAUGAAAUCAGCUGCAAU